CCCGCCCUGUUGCCCGCCUCCGGGCCCGCCUCCCUCCCUCGCCCGCUUCCCUCGCCCGAUGCCGGCCCGGGAGCGGCCGAAGAGGCGCAGGAGCCGCGGCGGCCCCGGAGGGAGCAAGGCCGGGCCUCCCCGGAGCCCAAAGGAGGCAGACGAGAUCGAGAGCUUGGCACUGCUGUUGGCCCAAAGCUAGCCACUGUUGAUCCUGAGUGUCCUCCCCACCUCCCCAGGACUGUCUUCCACCAUGUUCCACUUGAUGAAAAAGGACAGAGAUGGCUCCAGAAGGGAGAAGAAAGAGAAAAAGGAGAAAAAAGAGCGAAUGUCAGCUGCUGAGCUGAAAAGUCUGGAGGAGAUGAGCCUGCGCCGGGGUUUUUUCAACCUCAACCGGUCUUCCAAGAAGGACUCAAAGAGCCGCUUGGAGAUCUCCAACCCCAUCCCCAUUAAGGUGGCCAGCGGCUCUGACCUCCACCUGACCGAUAUCGACUCAGACAGCAACCGGGGGAGCAUGAUCCUGGAUUCCGGGCACCUCAGCACAGCCAGCUCCAGCGAUGACCUCAAGGUGGACGAUACCAACUUCAAAGGGUCUGUCCUUCAGCGGGCAGCGAAGUUUGGCUCGCUGGCCAAACAGAACUCCCAGAUGAUUGUUAAGAGGUUUUCCUUCUCGCAGAAAAGCCGGGAUGAAAGUACCUCGGAGACCUCCACGCCCUCUGAGCACUCGGCUGCCCCAUCCCCGCAGGUGGAAACCCGGACGCUGGAAAUACAGCUAACUAGGCAAGGUGUGAUGCCCGGAGCCCCCUUGUCCUCACGAAUCAGACUUCCUGAGGUGGUUAGCAAGAGGUUCCCUGCGGACCUGAAGCUCCCUAUGGUGGUGCCCCCUCAGCCUCCCGUCCCCAGGCAGCUGGAACUGCAGCGGCGCAAUACAGGCGACUUCGGCUUUUCCCUGCGCCGCACCACCAUGCUGGACAGGGGUGCCGAUGGGCAGGUGUACAGGCGGGUGGUACAUUUUGCUGAGCCUGGCGCUGGGACCAAAGACUUGGCUCUUGGCUUGGUGCCGGGCGACCGCUUGGUGGAGAUCAACGGGCGCAAUGUGGAAAAUAAAUCUCGGGAUGAGAUUGUAGAGAUGAUCCGGCAAUCGGGGGACACGGUGCGCCUCAAAGUGCAGCCCAUCUUGGAGCUGAGCGAGCUGAGCCGCUGCUGGUUGAGGAGUGGAGACGGCCUUCAUCAAGCAGCCUUUGACCCGGAGCCUGUGACCGCCACGGCUGCCCCAAGCCAGGCCAAAACGGAGGAACAGGUUGCAGCUGAAGAGGCCUGGUAUGAGACAGAUAAAGUCUGGCUGGUCCACAAGGAUGGCUUCUCCUUAGCCAGCCAGCUGAAGACGGAUGCAGUGGCCGGGCUGCUACCCGAGGGGAAGGUCAAGGUGAAGCUGGACUACGAUGGAGCCCUACUGGAGGUCGAUGAAGAUGAUGUGGAGAAGGCCAAUCCGCCGUCCUGUGACCGCGCAGAGGACCUGGCCAGCCUCGUCUAUCUCAACGAGUCCAGCGUCCUGCACACGCUGCGCCAGCGCUACGGGGGGAACCUCAUCCACACCUACGCUGGGCCCAACCUGGUCGUCAUUAAUCCUCUCAGCUCGCCCUCGAUGUACUCGGAGAAGGUGAUGCACAUGUUCAAGGGGUGCCGCAAGGAGGACACCUCCCCCCACAUCUACGCCGUGGCCCAGGCCGCCUACCGGAACAUGCUGAUGAGCCGCCAGGACCAGUCCAUCGUGCUCCUGGGUGGCAGCGGCAGCGGCAAGACCACCAACUGCCAGCAUCUGGUGCAGUACCUGGCCACCGUGGCUGGCAGCUCUGGGAAGGUCUUCUCAGUGGAAAAGUGGCAGGCGCUCUAUACAGUCCUGGAGGCCUUUGGCAACAGCGGCACAAGCUUGAACAGCAACGCCACCCGCUUCUCCCAGAUCAUCUCCCUGGACUUCGACCAGGCCGGGCAGGUGGCCUCUGCCUCUGUACAGACGAUGCUGCUUGAGAAGCUCAGGGUUGCCAAGCGCCCCGUGAACGAGGCAACGUUCAACGUAUUCUACUACCUGCUAGCGUGUCCGGACAGCACCCUCCGGACGGAGCUCCAUUUCAACCACUUGGCCGAAAACAACGUCUUUGGGACCAUCCCUCUCUCAAAGCCGGAGGAGAAGCAGAAGGCAGCCCAGCAGUUCAGCAAGCUCCAGGCAGCCAUGAAAGUGAUGGGCCUUUCCAGCGAUGAGCAGAAGGCCUGCUGGCUCAUCCUGGGCGCCAUUUAUCACUUGGGGGCAGCAGGAGCCACCAAAGACGGCGACGAAGCCGGGAGGAAGCAGUUUGCCCGCCACGAGUGGGCUCAGAAGGCGGCCUACUUGCUGGGCUGCACCCUGGAGGAGCUCUCCUCUGCCAUCUUCAAGCAUCAGCCCAAAGGGACAGCGCUGCAGAGGUCCACCUCCUUCCGCCAGGGACCGGAGGAUGUGGCGCUGGCGGAUGGCUCAGGUCCGAAAGCGUCUGCUCUGGAGUGUUUGGAGGCCUUCACCUCAAGCUUGUACUCUGAACUCUUCACGCUCCUCAUCUCCCUCCUCAACAGGGCUCUCAAAUCCAGCCAGCGUUCUCUGUGCUCCAUGAUGAUCGUGGACACCCCAGGCUUCCAGAACCCUGAGAUGGGCGGCCAGAGCCGAGGGGCCACCUUUGAGGAGCUGUGCCACAACUACGCCCAGGAGCGCCUGCAGACCCUCUUCCACGAGCGGACUUUUGUGCAGGAGCUGGAGCGGUACAAGGAGGAAAACAUAGAGCUUUCCUUAGAUGCCUUAGAACCCAAUACCUCUGGUUCUGUAGCCACAGUGGACCAAGCGUCCCACCAGGCACUGGUACGCUCUCUUUCCCGGACAGAUGAGGCUCGUGGCCUUCUGUGGCUUUUGGAAGAGGAGUCGCUUCAGCCCGGAGGAAAUGAGGAGACCCUUCUGGAAAGACUGUUCACCUACUACGGCCCACAGGAUGGAGACAAAAAAGGCCAGAAUCCACUGCUCCCCAGCAAUAAGCCGAAGCACUUCUACCUGGGCCACAGCUACGGCACCAACUGGGUGGAGUAUGACACCACGGGCUGGCUGAGCUACGUCAGGCAGAACCCAGCCUCCCAGAACGCCCUGCCUCGCUUGCAGGAGUCCCAGAAGAAAAUCAUCAGCAACCUCUUUGCGGGCCGGGCCGGGACCGCCGUGGUGUUGUCUGGCUCAGUAGCCGGGCUGGAGGGGGGCUCUCAGCUGGCCUUGCGCAGGGCCACCAGCAUGCGGAAGACCUUCACCACCGGGGUGGGGGCUGUGAAAAAGAAGUCCCUCUGCGUCCAGAUCAAGCUCCAGGUGGAUGCCCUCAUCGACACCCUGAAGAAGUCCAAGCUCCACUUUGUCCACUGCUUCCUGCCCAAAGUGGACGGCUGGAGUGGAGACCUCCGGGGGCCUGGCGGCCGGCGGGUGAGCACUAGCGAGCUGGACCUGCAUGGGGAGCACUGCGAGGCCGGUCUCAUGCAGCUGGACGUCCCUCUGCUGAGGGCCCAGAUCCGGGGCUCUCGCCUCCUGGACGCUCUCCGGAUGUAUCGCCAAGGUUACCCCGACCACAUGGUCUUUGCGGAGUUCCGGCGGCGCUUCGACGUCCUGGCCCCUCACCUCACCAAGAAGCACGGACGCAACUAUAUCGUCACCGACGAGAAGCGGGCGGUGGAGGAACUGCUGGAAUCCCUGGAGCUCGAGAAGAGCAGCUUCCACAUGGGCCUCAGCCGGGUGUUUUUCCGGGCAGGAACGUUGGCCAAACUCGAGGAGCAGCGAGAUAAACAGAUGAGCAGAAACAUCACCCUGUUCCAGGCGGCCUGCCGAGGAUUCCUUGCCCGACAGCAGUUCAAGAAAAGGAAGAUUCAGGACCUGGCCAUCCGUUGCGUCCAGAAGAACAUCAAGAAGAACAAAGGGGUGAAGGACUGGCCCUGGUGGAAGCUCUUCACUACCGUCCGGCCUCUCAUUGAGGUCCAGCUCACGGAAGACCAGAUCCGGGGGAAAGAUGAAGAGAUCCAGCAGCUGAAGAGCCGGCUUGAGAAGGUGGAGAAAGAGCGGAACGAGCUGCGGCUGAACAGCGACCGCUUGGAAAGCAAGAUUACAGAGCUGACCUCCGAGCUGACCGACGAGAGGAACACGGGCGAGUCGGCCUCCCAACUCCUGGACGCAGAGACGGCCGAGCGGCUGAGAGCGGAGAAAGAGAUGAAGGACCUUCAGGCCAAGUACGACGCGCUCAAGAAGCAGAUGGAAUCCAUGGAGAUGGAGGUGAUGGAGGCCCGCCUCAUCCGGGCUGCCGAGCUCAACGGCGAGAUGGAUGACGACGACUCGGGUGGCGAGUGGCGGCUCAAGUACGAGCGGGCGGUGCGCGAGAUCGACUUCACCCAGAAGCGCUUGCGGCAGGAGUUCGAAGACAAGCUGGAGGUGGAGCAGCAAGGCAAGAGGCAGCUGGAGAGAAAGCUGGCUGACUUGCAGGUGGACACCGAGGAGAACCAGCGAGCCCUGCAGACGCUGAAGAAGAAGUGCCAGCGCCUGACGGCUGAGCUGCAGGACACCAAGCGGCACCUGGAGGGCCAGCAGGGCCGCAACCACGAACUGGAGAAGAAGCAGCGCAGGUUUGACAGUGAGCUCUCCCAGGCCCACGAGGAAGCCCAGCGGGAGAAGUUGGCACGGGAGAAGCUGAGCCGGGAGAAGGACAUGCUCAUCUCCGAGGUCUUCAGCCUCAAGCAGCAGCUCGAGGAGAAGGAUUCGAACCUGGCCGCCCUGACGCAGAAGGCGGAGGCCCUGGAGGCCGAGCUGCAGGACCUCUCUUCCCAGGAGUCCAAAGACGAGGCUUCCCUCGCCAAAGUCAGGAAGCAGCUCCGGGACCUGGAGGCCAAGGCCAAGGACCAGGAGGAGGAGCUGGACGAGCAGGCGGGCACUAUCCAGAUGUUGGAGCAGGCCAAGCUCCGGCUGGAGAUGGAGAUGGAGCGGCUGCGUCAGACACACUCCAAAGAAGUGGAGAGCCGGGAUGAAGAGGUGGAAGAGACUCGGCAGUCCUGCCAGAAGAAGCUGAAGCAGAUGGAGAUGCAGCUGGAGGAGGAGUACGAGGAGAAGCAGAAGGUGCUGCGAGAGAAGAGGGACCUGGAGGCGAGGCUGGCGGCUGUCAGCGACCAGGUCAACCAGCGGGACUUUGAGACGGAGAAGCGACUCCGGAAGGACCUGAAGCGCACCAAGGCCCUCCUGGCCGACGCCCAGGUCAUGCUGGACCACCUGAAGAACAACGCGCCCAGCAAGCGGGAGAUCGCACAGCUCAAGAACCAGCUGGAAGAGUCAGAGUUCACCUGUGCAGCCGCAGUCAAAGCUCGCAAGUCCAUGGAGGUGGAGAUUGAGGACCUUCACCUGCAGAUUGAUGAUCUCUCCAAGGCCAAGGCAGGGCUGGAAGAGCAGUUGAGCCGCCUGCAGCGGGAGAAGAACGAGGUGCAGAGCCGGCUGGAGGAAGACCAAGAGGACAUGAACGAGCUCAUGAAGAAGCACAAGGCGGCCGUCGCUCAAGCCUCCCGAGACUUGGCCCAGAUCAACGAUCUCCAGUCGCAGCUGGAAGAGGCCAGCAAGGAGAAGCAGGAGCUGCAGGAGAAGCUGCAAGGCCUCCAGAGCCAGCUGGAGUUCGUGGAGCAGUCCAUGGUGGACAAAUCGUUGGUCAGCCGGCAGGAGGCCAAGAUCCGUGAGCUGGAGACGCGGCUGGAAUUUGAGAGGACUCAGGUCAAGCGCCUGGAGAGCUUGGCCACCCGACUGAAGGAGAACAUGGAGAAACUGACUGAAGAGCGGGACCAGCGCACGGCGGCCGAGAACCGGGAGAAAGAGCAGAACAAGCGCCUCCAGCGCCAGCUGCGGGACUCCAAGGAGGAGAUGGCCGAGCUGGCCAAGAAGGAAGCUGAGGCCAGCCGGAAGAAGCACGAACUGGAGAUGGAUCUGGAGAGCCUGGAAGCCGCCAACCAGAGCUUGCAGUCGGACCUGAAGCUGGCCUUCAAGCGGAUCGGGGACCUGCAGGCGGCCAUCGAGGACGAGAUGGAGAGCGACGACAACGAGGACCUCAUCAACAGUUUGCAGGACAUGGUGGCAAAGUACCAGAGGCGCAGAAAUAAGCUCGAUGGAGACUCAGAUGCCGACUCGGAGCUCGAGGACCGGGUGGACGGUGUGAAGUCGUGGCUGUCCAAGAACAAGACUCCCUCCAAGACGGUCUCGGAAGACGGCAGCUUGAAGAGCAGCAGCCCUCCAGGCUAUCGGAAGUCCUUUACCUACGACAGAUCGGACGAGGAGAGAGACCUCUUUGAAGGCGGCGCGCCCAGGCCCAAGCACUCUUCCCGGAGCUACCUGAGCGACAGUGACUCGGAGAGCAAGCCUGCGGAAACCACCGCAUAGCCCAAGGCUGGAGGCAGCGGCAGGGGACACCGUUGUUCAUCCGGGCCUCCUCCCCUCUUGCUCCGUGGACAGAUGUGCCAGGCGCCGGGCAGGUGUGAUUUCCCUUGGAUCCGGGCCUUGGCUGAAGGACACCGCUGGGGGCUCUCUCUCUCUCUGCCUCAGUCUCUCUCCCUCGAUCUCUCUGUCCCCCCCAUCUCUCUGUCUCCCUCCCUCCCUCCGUCUGGGUGGGCGUGCUGUGUGACUGCCCUCCUUUUCUGUAGCGGAGGGAGGUGUGGAGGACCCAAAGGGAUGCUUUGGCACUCUUGGGGGUGGGGGAGAGGAGAGUGGGGAGGGAAAGCCUGUCCCCCCCAGCCCCCCACCCCAAACCAGCUGGGGUGACCUGUAGGUGCCGGCAGAGGUGUGCACUCCUGCCAAGGCUGCCUCUUCCUGGCUCUGUUUGUGGUCGCACGCCUGUUUGGUGGAUCGCAGGAGGAAGCCGGCCUCCUCGUGGGAUUGUCCGUGUGGAUGUGUGUCUGCAUGUGUUGGAGGGUGUCUUUCUUUUAGCAGUGCCUGUCCCCCCCCACCCAUCCCCCACUCCUGAGUAGCAUAACUUAUGUCCCUUCAGACCUGGGCGAGGGGCCUGCCCAGUUGUCUCCCCUCUCAAAGCAUCUCAAAGCAUCAAAGCCCCAUAGAGCGCCUGCCUGCACGCAGAAGAAAACUCUCUGCACCUACUUGCACACGCACACACACACGGCUUGCUCUCACCUCCGUUCAUCUUCCCAGUGGGGGAGAAGGGCUGAUGCGGGUGGAUCCGUGAGCCCCCCCCUUAAGCCCAUGCACCCUUGGCCUUCUGAGUCGCUGAGCACGGCCUGUGCAUCGGACGCUUGCGCACGAUACCCCUCCCACACACACUUCUCUUCCCUUUCCACCUUUUUCUUGCCCUGUGAGGCGCCACACGUCCACAUCCACAAUUUAUCCCCUCCCCCCCCAGUCAUCUUUUAAAAGAGCCUGGGAGCAAAAUACAGAACCUCCUGCCUUCUGCCAUCACCACGCGCACGCUGCCACCACGCUUUUGCUCGGCGGAGGGUGGGGUGGGGGUUGGAGGUUGGAGAUCCAAUAAGGGCCCCAAUCCGUCUCCUUUCCUGUUGCUCCCGGGAUGGUACAGCAACUGGAACAGCUGAAUCGGUUCAGGCCCAGUUGCUUUAUUUUAACGUUUCUUUUUCCUUUGCAAGCUCUCCCUUUGCUGCUUGUUCCCAAAGGAGUCCAGGCGCCAUUCCUCACCCGACGACGCCCCACCCACUCACCCCAGGAAAAAAUCCACUUCCCGAAACCCGUUCUAAGUUAUAUGUCGCUGGACUCGGCAAGCAGGGCAGAAGGGGAAGUGGGCGGGGGGGAGAAACGGGAGGCUUUCCCUACUGCCCUGCUCCCCUUUGGUCUGAGUUUGGUUUAUACUUCUAUACAUAUACGUAUACAUAUAUAUAUAUAUAUUUUGCACUACUUCAGUUGUGCGUUUGAUUUUUAUUUGAUUCCUUCCCCCCUCCCAACUUUACAUAAGAAAAUAAAUGUCAUUUACAGCUGCCGAAAGGCCCCGGUCGUCCUUGUACUCUUCUCUGGGAGCAGGUUGGUUUCUUUUUACGUGUCCUACAUCUGUGAGAGAAGGGUAGUGGCCUUUCACUUUUAGGCAGGAUGGUCAGCGACCAGGAAUGUGUUUACGUAGAGCAGGGCAGGCAGGAGGGCCUGGAAACCGAGCCCCGUGAGGAGCUGCUGAGGACACCGAGGGGGGUUCGUUUGGAGAAGAGAAGAGGGCAAAGUAUUAUGCGAGAACUGUCCUCGAGGAUCUGCAGGAUGGUCAGGAGGAAAAUGGGGCAGACUCGGUUUCUGCCACUCGAGAGGGUAGGUCUCCAACCGACAGAUCCAGAUGGCGGACAUGAAGAUUCUUGACUAUAAAUGCGAAGAAGAAUUGAUGUCAAGAGUGGUGGGAUUGUGGAACAUGGGUUACGCUGAAAGGCGGUGCGCUCGCUUGUUGGAGAAAAGAGGCAGGGCGGCCGGCUGUCAGGGAGGCUUUCCUGCGCUGGCUGCAAGUUGGACUACAUGGCCCCUGAGUCCCUUGCCUGCUCUACCACGCCGCGAUUCUUUCCUCCCCCCCCCCGUCUG